AUGAAUAGGUCAUUUUGGGCCACUAUAAUUCUUUCCAUUAAUUUCUUCAUAUUAUGGGGAGGCAGCAACAAUAGCAAUAGUAAGCUUAAGUUAAACACUGAGGGUAAUAAUAGGAAUGUUGGCAUACGAAGAUGCAGAAAAAUGAAGAGAAAUUUCAAUUAUAUAUCUUCUGGAGAAAAAGAAAUAAACUUAUUGUAUAAAUGUGUAUAUAGAAAGAAAAUAUACAACUUGGACAUAAACCUACACAUAGAGGAAAACAAAAAAUAUAUAAAAAAAAAUCAUACUUUUAAAAGUGUUGUAACACUACUUGCUAGAGGAAGAAAAAAUGGAAUAGAAACACAAAGGGAAAGUAAUAUCCAAAAUGAUUUCGAAACCUUUUUAAUUAUAGAUGGAUCUUCCAUUUUGUUUAAAAAUUUUUUCGGGAUGCCACAUUUAAAAAAUGAUAAUGAAAUAAACCUAAGUACAAUAUAUGGGUUUAUCCAAUCCUUAAAUAAAAUGUACAAUUUAUUUUCUCCCUCUUACAUUUUAAUAGUUUUUGAUUCUAAGACAUCCAAUGAUGAAAAGAAAAAAAUUUAUGCAAAAUAUAAACUCAUGAGAAAAAAAAAUCCAGAUGAAUUAUAUGAACAGCUCAAACUUGUAAGCGACUUCUGUGACCUCAUUGGGAUAAAAACUAUUACAGCAACAGAUGUAGAGAGUGAUAACUAUAUUGCUGGUGUAGUAGAUUCCAUUAGUAACACCAUUAUGAUGGGGGAAAGCGUGUCUCAUCGUGUAUUUCAAAAUGGAGAAGGAGAAGGUGACGAAGAAAACAGAUCGCGAAAGGAAUUUCGAGUGAUCAUCGUUUCAAGUGACAAAGAUCUUUUACAACUCCUAGAGUACAAUAACGAUGAACACAACAACAUGAAUAUAUCCAUAUGCCAACCGAAUAAAAAAUAUAGAUUAGUUGAUGCUAACGCAUUCUUUCAGGAAUAUAAUUUAUUACCGUCUCAGUACAGUGACUAUCUUAUAAUGGUUGGAGAUAAAACUGAUGGAAUUUCAGGAAUUCCAAAUAUAGGCGAUAAAAUUAGUAAGCAUUUACUCAAAGAAUUUUACAGCAUUGAUAAUAUUUUAAGGAAUUUACAUAAAAUUCCAACCAGAUUGCAUGCCAUAUUUCUCAACAAUAUAGAAAAUAUUAACACGUUCAGAAAACUUAUUAAGUUAAAGUGUGAAACGAAGCAACCGAUAGUAUUAAAUGACUAUAGACAAGGUAGUAUAAAGGAUUUCAACCGUUUUCAAAAUAUUGUAGACAAAUAUUCUCUUCACAAAUUGAUAAAAAAAACUGUUAUCGUGAAUUACAAAUAA